AUGGGUCUGACAAGAUCAAAGCUGCAGGAGAAUGGACAGUGAGGUACAGAGAGAUGGAAGGAUCUUGGACUUGAUUGACGAUGCUUGGCGAGAAGACAAGCUACCAUAUGAGGAUGUUGCAAUACCACUGAAUGAGCUUCCUGAACCUGAACAGGACAAUGGUGGCACCACAGAAUCUGUUAAAGAACAAGAAAUGAAGUGGACCCACUUGGCCUUACAGUAUCUCCAUGAGAAUGUUCCCCCUAUAGGAAACUAAUACCUGGCUCCUUCUUCAUGGACAGAUUUUU